AUGCAAUUUCUGCACAAAACACAAAGCUUUAUUCCACAAGAACCAUAUACAAUACACUCAGAAUGGGAAACACCAGACUUUAAGACAAUGCCUGAUCAGCAACCUUCACCGUGUAUCAAAGAAUACAAUCAUUUCUGGAAGCUGGUUGUUUUCAAGAAAGGCAAUGGAGCUGAAAAAGGAAAAUCAGUGUCCAUCUUCCUAAUGCACCCACAAUGCAAGUUCGCUCAUGAAGUUUCUUAUCAAAUCAAAACAAUUGGACCGAAGUCUGCAUCUUUUGAGGGCAGUUGGGUUUUCUCCCCAAUGUUGAACAACCAAGGCAUAGAAAAAUUCAUUCCCCUCAAUGAAAUCGAUGAUUAUUUGAAUAAUGGCAAAUUAAAAUUCGACAUUACAAUCAAAUUCGACCCACCACAGCCAGCAACGAAGAUUAGCUGCCGAGAAUCAGUUGGUUUGGUAGGUCUUACGAACCUUGGAGCCACUUGUUACUUAAAUUCAAUGUUACAAUGCUUAUUCCACACUCCUGCCUUCAGAAGAGCCGUAUACGACAUGCCUACAGACGGUACAGAAGAUGUUAAGACGUCUAUUGCCUAUUCUUUGCAAAGAUUAUUUACUUUGAUGCAAAUGUCACCUUUAACGCCAAGUACGCAAGAACUUACGACCUCCUUUGGCUGGGGAAUCACUGACCAGUUCAGUCAGCACGAUGUACAAGAGUUUUUGAGAGUUUUGGUUGAUAAUCUCGAAAAAAAGCUGAAAAAGACAGAUAAAAAGGAUGCAUUUGCAAAUAUCUUCAGAGGAAAGACAACCAACAAACUUUUCGUUGAAAAAUUCGAUUACAAAGAUGAUCAUAAAGAAGAAUUUUACGAUAUCGAGUUAGUUGUUCGUAAUAACAGAGAUUUAGUACAAGCAAUACGUGAAUACACCAAAGCUGAAGUCAUUGACGAAUACAAAGUUGAAAAUAAAGGUGUUUCUCAGGCAAUUAAAACAACAAAGUUCUGGCAACUGCCAAAUGUACUUCAUUUCCUUCUCCAAAGGUUCGAAUACAAUCCUAUGGGUAAUGGAAUGAUCAAAGUCAACGACAGAUUCGAAUUUCCCGAUGAAUUGGAUAUGAAAGAAUUUAUGGAUCCGGAAAGUGAGGACAAAGACACUGUUUAUGACUUAUUCGGUGUUCUUAUUCACAUAGGAUUCGCCAACGCUGGCCAUUAUGAAGCCAUGAUGAAGAUUGAAGGAAAUUGGUAUCUUUUCAACGACGAUGAGGUCACUAAGGUACCGGAAAGCACUGUUCGGACCACAUUUGGCGGUGAAAAUACUUACGGUAGCGCUUAUUUCGUUACUUAUGUUCGAAGAUCUCAAAAAGAUUUGAUGACAGCCGUCCUUGAUUCGGAGAUUCCGGACCAUCUCCAUAAAUACCUUGACGAAUAUAUCAAGGAGCAUACAUGGAAAUCGCCUGAAACGAAUAUUGAAGUUCAUUCUGAUAUUUUAUUAGCAGAAGAACUCGCCGGAAAGGCCGUAGAGUAUCCAGUACUAACUGUUCCUUUGAAAGGCUACAAGGUAAAGGACUGUCUUUCAUCUCUUUCUGCAUUAACUAACAUCAAACAACCAAUACAGCUUUUUACGGUCGAUAUCUAUGGAAUUCCUGAAAGCCCGAUCCAAUUGUCUCAAGAUGUACAGAAGCAAUUUUCGAAAUCUUCGAAAUUAUUUGUUUCAUCAACAACAGACAAAGGAACAAUUCCAGUUGUCGUAGGCUUUUACGAUCCAUCACAGAACCAGGCCGUCAGUUAUUUGUUUACUUCUGUUGUAGAACAAGGAACAAAAGUUUGUAAUUUCAUUUCCAAAGUUUCUGCAACAGCAAAGACCAUCAAAUUACUUGCAUUCAAAGUAAGAGGAUGCAGUGCUUCCAAACUCGACCUCGAAUCUACAAUAAAUGCACCAGGUUUGAUUUUAUUCCAACAUGCCGAAAAGAAAUCAGCUCCAAAGUCAAUAACAUGCCAAGAAUUCAAACCAGGAAAUACAUACAGAUCAAUUGAUGUAGUUCCUGAGCUCAGAAAUAGCACAGUUGACGUUUUCUUGGCCGGAUUAGAAGAUCCUUUGACUUUCUCGCUUACUAAUGUUACGAACCACGAACAUAACUUCAAGUUAACGAUAUCCGCUAAAGGCCAUAUCUCUACAAUGAUCAAAUCCAUUAGAUCUAUUCUCAAAAUACCAAAUGACAAAGCUGUCUUACUAUUUAGGUCCGAAAACGGCAGUGCCAGUGAAGUACCAAUCUCAUGCAGCACGAAUGCCAACAUUAGACAGCUUAUUUCCAGUACAGAUGUAUUUUAUUUAAUUCAUCCAGGAAUUUCUCAAUCGGAAAUCGAAACACAGCUUUUCUUCCAACCAGACAUCAUCACAGAUACCGGAAUAAAGUCACCAGUCCUUCUUAUGCCGAAAGAUUUCACAGCAGGAGAUGUAUUUACGAAACUUAUCAAGAAGAACAUAAUCGGUAACAAGAGUGGAUGGAGAAUGUUAAUGUUGGAAGGCUGCCGCAUCGUAAAAGUAGUUCCUGAUGACUCAAAACUCGAAAACAUGCUCACAAAGAAAUUCAGAAUCGAAAAAAUUCCAUCCGACCAACUUCCUCCGGCCAAAACCGUCAGAGUUACACUUUCCACUUUACCAAGUAAUCCAAGGAAUAACACUACAGGAAUUCCGUUUAUAUUCACUCUGAUAAAAGGAGAGAAGUUCCCAGAAACAAAGAAGAGACUCUUGGAACAGAGUUCUGCUGAUCCAGAGAAGGCGAGAUUCGGAUACACAAAUGAUACUUCGAACAAACACAAGUCUCCAAAAGAUGACGACGAAUUGUUUGACUUGAUCGAAACUAAUGGAAUGUUGUACAUUUUCGUUCCUGGUGAAAUCAAGACAAAGAAUUUCCACAAGUCUGGCAACGGAUUCCAGAUCUACAAUUAA